AUGCGUCGACGCCGCGCGUCACAUCCCCCCGCCCCCCCCGCGCGUCGUCGUCGUGGGCAGGCCGACGUCGGCGCCGCCCGCCCGCGCCCGACCAGUUCCGUCAUGGCGUCCGCGCUCAUCGACGAGAUCAAGCUCAACGCGUCGAACGGCGACAGCGAGCAGUACGACCUCGCCGGGUUCACCCCCGGAUGGCUGCACGAUCUCGUCGGCUCGUGCCUCGGGACGACGCUGCCGGCGAAGUCGUACGUCGCGUGCAAGUUCGUCAUCGGCGGCGGGAAGAAGACGCGCGCCAAGUACGACCCGGACAUGCUCAAGCACUUCACCGAGGCGCUGCGCGCCGCGGGCCUGGAGGAGGACCGCGGCGCGAGCGCGUGCGCGGAGUGCGCGGGGACGUACAAGUACCAGCACGACACGGACAAGGAUCUCAAGUACCUGCACGUGUUCCCGAAGGUGGAGAUCGUGUCCGUGGGCGGCGACGGCGACGGCGUUAACGGCGGCGGGGAUCGAACCGGCGGCGGGAACGCGCGGUCGCCCGAGUAUCAGUGCUGCUCGUGCACGUUCGAGGAGUUUAUCGACCUCGUCGCGAUGAACGUGCCGUCGUUUUCGCAAAAGCGCGCGCUCCUCAAACGCAUGCGCGUGCUUCAGAGCGCGCUGGAGCAGCUCGAGAAUAUGCUCGUGGAGCAGCAGAGGCUCACGGAGCAGGAGCAAGAGAUGUACGACAGCAUGGUGGACGUCUCGUCCAAGGUGGACCACCUGAACGCGGAGCUCGAGAAGAUGGUGAGCAAAGGGCGGCUCACGAAGGGCGAGCAGAAGGCGAUGAUUGGUGACCUGGCGUCCAAGCUCGAGGAGCUCGACGUCAUGAUCGCGACCGCGGACGCGGAGGGGAAGCAAAAGAAGCGAGAGACGCUCGAGGGGAAGCGCGUUCAAUUGAUCGAGAAGUCGGACGCGAUCGCGUCGUUCAAGCCGAUCGUGUACGCGAUGGCGAACGAGAGAGAGCUGAACGAUUUGCGCGCGGAGCUCAAGGCUUUGGAGGCGCUCGAGAAGGCUUCGGGAGGGAAGUUGCUGAAGGGGGCGGACGUCGCGAAGCUCGCGAAGAAGCCGCAGAUCGAGGAGCGCAUCGCGGCGUUGGAAGGGGAGGAUAAAGGGUGGUUCGAGGACGAGUGCCGAGCGGUGUUGUUCACGCAAAAGGCGCCCGCGCCGGCUAAGAAAAAGGCGGCGUCCGGCGGCGGCGGCGGCGGCGGGAAUUCGUCGGGGUGGCUGACGCAAGCCGCGAAGGGCGGGGGAAGGUCCGCGCCCGCGGCGAAGAAAACCGCGCCGUCGAACCCGUUCGCGGCGCUGGGCGGCGACGAAUGACGCGUCGCGGGGUGCUCUUUCGAAUCGAAAACAACACGGAUAC